CAUUUGUUGAGCACAACAUCCCCACGGCCGGAACCUUGAGGGCAGCAGCUGCGCAUGCGUAAUCCCGCUCGCCGCCGCCUCCUCUCUCCCGCGAUGGCGUCCGAGCGAGAUGCUCAGCUCGGCCGUCUCCUGUGAGCUCGACACGGCCCCGUCGUCAGGGACGUCAAACUCGGGCGGGCGGCGCCCCGCUAACAUGCUCCGUGCCUCCGCCGGAAAGAAGAAGCAGCAGCAGCAGCAGCACUCCACCGGGGCUCGCGCGCGCACCCGCAGCGGCGGCCUUCACGCGUAAAUUGUGGACCCUUUUUCGGCCAUUUUGAACCUGUUUUCUCAAGUAACCGGCUAAACUGGGAUAAACGCGGGUUGUCUGAAACGGGUCCCAUCCUAGCGCUUUGCCGUGCCCGCCGGUCCGUGGGAGGGGCGCGGCGGCACCGGCCAUGGCGGUGAAGGAGCGCAUGGAGGCGGUGCUGAACGUGGGCCUGCGGGUGCCCAGCAUCAUGCUGCUGGACGUGCUGUACCGCUGGGACGUGAGCUCCUUCUUCCAGAAAGUUCAGCGGUCCAGCCUGUCCAACAACCCACUCUUCCAGUACAAGUACUUGGCGCUCUACCUGCACUACGUGGGUUACAUCCUGAGCCUGGUUCUGCUCACGCUGCCCCGUCAGCACUUGGUCAAGCUGUACCUGUACGUCCUCACCGCCCUGCUGCUCUUUGCCGGCCAUCAGGUGUCGAGGGAUUACGUGCGCAGUGAGCUGGAGUCGGGCCACGAGGGUCCCGUGUACCUGGAUCCUCUCUCCAUGAACAGAUUCGCCACGGCGCUCGUAGGUCAGCUGGUGGUGUGCACGCUGUGCUCAUGCGUGAUGCAGACGAAGCGCAUCUGGCUGUUCUCGGCCCACCUGCUCCCCCUGGUGGCGCGCCUGUGCCUGGUGCCUCUGGAGACCAUCGUGUUCAUCAACAAGUUCUCCAUGAUCUUCACGGGACUGGAGGUCAUCUACUUCCUGGCGUCCAACCUGCUGGUGCCCUACAACCUGGCCAAGACGGCGUACCGCGAGCUGGUCCAGGUGGUGGAGGUCUACGGUCUGCUGGCGCUGGGGAUGUCCUUGUGGAACCAGCUGGUCCUGCCCGUCCUCUUCAUGAGCUUCUGGCUGCUCCUCUUCGCCCUGCAGAUCUACUCGUACUUCAGCACCCGAGACCGGCCCGUCUCCAGGGAGAGGCUCCUCUUCCUCUUCCUCACCAGCGUGGCCGAAUGCUGCAGUACGCCGUACUCGCUCUUGGGCCUGGUCUUCACCGUGUCCUUCAUCGCGCUGGGCGUCCUCACGCUGUGCAAGUUCUACCUUCAGGGCUAUCGGGCGUUCAUCAACGACAACACCAUGCACAGGGGCGUGACGGAGGGCAUCACCCUGCUGAUCCUGGCGGUUCAGACGGGUCUGAUCGAGCUGCAGGUGAUCCACCGAGCCUUCCUCCUGUCCAUCAUCCUCUUCAUCGUGGUGGCUUCCAUCCUGCAGUCCAUGCUGGAGAUCGCCGACCCCAUCGUGCUGGCACUGGGGGCGUCCAGGGACAAGAGUUUGUGGAAGCACUUCCGGGCGGUGUCGCUGUGCCUCUUCCUGCUGGUCUUCCCGGCCUACAUGGCCUACAUGAUCUGCCAGUUCUUCCACAUGGACUUCUGGCUUCUCAUCAUCAUCUCAUCGUCCGUUCUCACGUCGCUGCAGGUGCUGGGCACGCUGCUGAUCUACGUGCUGUUCAUGGUGGAGGAGUUCCGCAAGGCUCCGGUGGAGAACAUGGACGAAGUCAUCUACUGCGUCAACGGGACCUACAGGCUGCUGGAGUUCCUGGUGGCGUUGUGCGUGGUGUGCUACGGCGUGUCCGAGACGGUGUUCGGCGAGUGGAGCGUGAUGGGCGGCACCAUCAUCCUGGUGCACUCGUACUACAACGUGUGGUUGCGGGCGCAGUUGGGCUGGCAGAGCUUCCUGCUGCGCCGCGAUGCCGUCAACAAGAUCAAGAGCCUCCCCGCCGCCAGCGCCGCGCAGCUGCGGCGCUACAACGACAUCUGCGCCAUCUGCUACCAGGACUUGGGCAGCGCCGUCAUCACGCCGUGCAGCCAUUUCUUCCACGCGGGCUGUCUGAAGAAGUGGCUGUACGUGCAGGAGACGUGUCCGCUCUGUCACGCCCAACUCAAAAGCCAGUCGUCCGACGCGCCCCCAACUGACCGUGCGCCCACUGGACAGGAAGAGGAGAAGGCCGCGGAGGACCGAGGAGCUCCGUCUUCGUCUUUUGCGCCCUCCUCUGACCAGACAGAUCGGGAAGCCGCAGCGGGCGGGAGCUCGGUCGAACCCGGCGUCCCUUCGGGCGGCGCCGAACCUCUGAGCCCCGCCCACAUGUGAUUUGGUUGUUACCUCGCGCGACAUCACAGGUGAUGUCGUUGACAUUCGAACGCGCGUGUUCCACGUUGCGGUCCACGUCUGGAUUCUCACGUAGCAAGACUGCGACCGGCCCUAAAAUGUCCACCAGAAAUCCCUCCGCGGCGAUCGGCAGGUUCGGGGGAAACGCGACGGUUUGGCCGCCUCGCGAACUCGCCGAUCACCGCGCAGGCGUUAUCACAGUAUUGAAGAUUAUGAAGAUGCAUGCGUGAGCGGCUGCACGUUUCCACAGUUACCAAAGCAUCUCGAACAUCUCCCCCUCCCCCCUUCACCUUUUGCGCCGCCUGCAUUUCCCCAAAGUCACUCGACCUUCGACCCCGGCCCGAAUGACGCGUCCCCGGCCGGUGUGACCGCCCCGCGCGGUGGAGCGAGAUCGGCGGGACGCGGACGGCGCCUGUUACCUUUGCGCAGUGUUAGCGGCGUUCAGAAUGAAUACGUGCCCGCCGAGCAAUGUAUGAUGAACGCCGCCAAUCAAAAUGUCUUUUCAGGAUAAAAAGAUCUUUUUUUUUUUUUUUUUUGUUCUUGUUUUUUGCACGCGUUUUUGGGGACUCCACUGGCGACGCUUUCCACUUUUAAGAUGAAAAAAUAGGCCGAGUCGUGUGUAAACCCAGCGACUCAUAAAUCCAUCUGAGUUGUAUGCCAAAAUAAUUGUUGCCCAUUUAAAAGGGUCACUUAACAAUUUAAAUCAAUUCAUAUGUCAAUUAUUUUAUCUGAAUUGGCUAAGAACAAAAAAAAUCAUCCCUUUAUUGGAAAAAGGGACAUUUGAAAUUAAAAGUGCACAAAUUUGAUGAUUGACUUCCUGGUUUUGUGCAAACAUCUGUCAGAAAAUCUGCAAAAAAAAAUGUUGAACGGCUGUUUUGCAAAUGUUUUUAUUUUGCUGUAAAAAUAGAAUUUAAUUAAUUUGCUCAGUGGUUAGUUGUUGAUUGUCGAACCUUUAAUUGAAUCUCAUAAUCAGCUGUUUAAUAAAAUUGUAGGAUGUGCUA